AUGCCCCGUGCUGUUCGAGGAGUCCUGAUCGAAUGCGAUCCGUCCGUGAAAGCCAUUAUCCUGAAGUACGACGAAGAAAGGCAUGACUACAUCGUGGAAGACCUGGAUGAUGACCGCCACCUGGUUAUCAAGGAGAGCCAACUGCAGAACCUGAAGAUCCGGCUGGGAAGAGAACUCGAUGAAAAGGUUAUGCAACCCGAUGAGUCGGAAUCCGACGAAUGA